AUGCCACUCGUUCCUAUUGUUUUGGACAAAACGGGUGUAGGCGAACGGGCCUAUGACAUUUAUUCUCGACUUCUUAAAGAUAGGAUAGUGUGCCUCAUGGGUCCUAUUAAUGAUGAAGUUGCCAGUAUUACAGUUGCUCAACUUUUGUUCUUGCAAUCAGAAGAGAAGCGACUACCGAUCCAUUUAUAUAUUAAUAGUCCGGGUGGUAUCGUCACUUCUGGUUUGGCUAUUUACGACACUAUGCAAUAUAUUCGUCCUCCUAUUCAUACUUGGUGCAUUGGACAAGCGAGCAGUAUGGGGUCUCUCCUCUUGACGGCUGGGGCUCCGGGUCAUCGAUAUGCCUUGCCUCAUUCUCGAAUAAUGAUUCAUCAGCCAUCCGGCGCUGCACAGGGCCAGGCUACUGACAUUCAGAUCCAGGCUGAAGAAAUAAUCAAACUGCGGAAGAUGUUGAACGGCAUUUACUCCAACCAUACAAAACAGCCACUCGAAGUGAGUUUCAAAGAUAGAUUAAGAGGGUCAAAUACGUAG